UUUUCCACCAUUUUUUUCCUUUUUUAAUGUAGGCUAUUGCAGGCCGGCGCUGUAAUUUUGGAAUCUGCCCUUGUGCAUGGCGGACGAAAAAUUCCAUACUGGGAACAGCGACAUAGCCCUUUUUUUUUUUGCAAGGCUGGAAAGGACAGCAUGAUCGGACUAUGUACACCUAGGCUAAUUGACGCGAUUUGCUAAGAAAUGUAACGUAGCGUGUAGAAGCAUUGGGGGGAAAAACAUUGGAGGGAAAUUUCUCACAUUUGGAAUUUCCUCAUAACUAAUUCACGUUUUUUCCGGGGAGGAAGCCGUUGUUGCAGUCACCUCUGGCCGGGGAGGGAGGAUUUUCCUUGGACUGUUUUCGCAUGAGCUACAUCGCUUUUGGAGGAGUACAGGGUCAGAGGAGGCGGAGUCAUGAGUGCACCAGAGGCACCCAAUCCCGGCAAGGAGCAAGGGAGUGACGGGAGCAACGGCACGCCUUCAACAUCAGCCGCCGGCAAUAAGGACGCCAGCUCCCCUCCCGUCACGAUAAAGAAGGAGCCGGGAACCGUGGAGACGAGCAACGGCAAUGUCGGUGACGCCACCAACCCGGCGGAGAUUUGCGUCGUCAUUGGAGGGAGCGACCCCAAAGCCAGCGGAGGCGGAUCUCGUAGAACUCAGACGGAGGGUAUGUUCGCCCUUGGUACACCUCCUCCAACGAAGAGCACAGACUCGUGCAUAGGUUCCUACGUAUGUGGAGUCUGUGGGAAGAAGUACAAGUACUACAACUGCUUUCAGACACAUGUCAGGGCACACAGAGAAUCUGAAGGCAUGGUUGCGGAUCUACAACCAACGCCUAACAGUGGCUUCCGUUACUCCUGUGACAUCUGCGGCAAGAAGUAUAAAUACUACAGCUGCUUCCAGGAACACCGUGACCUGCAUGCAGUAGAUGAUCCAUAUGAGCAGGUCAUGCUACCUGUCGACGGCCUUAAGGAAGAGGAGCCCAUCGAACCCUAUCAUAAAAUUGGACCAAAAACGGGUAGCUUUGUUUGCGAGUUCUGUGGGAAGCAGUACAAAUAUUUCAACCCAUACCAGGAGCAUGUUGCCCUUCACACUCCGAUGAGCUCUUUUGAUCUGAAGACAUCACGGGUGCAGGAGUGUGGCAGCUUGGACAUGAGUAAGUUUGGCCACAGCCAAACUGAGAGGAUAAAAAACAGUCACUUCAGACGGAAAGUGGAGAAUGCAUUACAGUCGAGUCUGGUGGACACAAACAGCUCGCAGAAUUCAAGUGGAACUCCGAGCCCUCUGGUGGCCACUUCCUUCCCUACACCUCAGAAACCCUACACUUGUGGUGCCUGUGGCAUCCAGUUCCAGUUCUACAACAACCUGCUGGAGCACAUGCAGUCCCACGCUGCUGACAACGAGAACCACACCAAAGGUGACUCUCCAAAAACCUCCUCAGCCUCGGGUCCUCAGGAGCAGCUGUGGAGAGCGUCUCCGGCUCAGGCCGCCCACCCCUCAGUCAAACUGCAGAUCCAACCUCAAAGUGUCGCCCAGAGAAACCACAGUAUCAGCCAGAACAAUGGCCUACCUGAGAAGGAGCGCCUUCAGGUGGCCGAGCGUCUCUUACGGGUAAUGUGCUCCGAUCUCAGCAUGCUCAACGUGCUGAACAGCAAGGACUUCCUCAAGCUGGCGCAAACGCUAGUGGACACAGGAGCCCGUCACGGAGCCUACUCCACCCGCGAUGCCCUCGGCAACAUGAGUGCCUUGGCGCUGCGCCAGCUGCCUCGCAUGUACAACCAAGUCAAAGUCAAGGUCACGUGCGCCCUCGGCUCCAACGCCUCGCUGGGCAUCGCCGUAACGUGCCACUCUCAGACGUCGGGCCCGGAUGCCUGCUAUGUUCUAACAGCCUAUCAGGUGGAGGGCUCGAGACUGAAACGCUACGUUCUUGGUGUGAGGGAGGCGGAGCUGAGGGAGGGACCAGAGCAGAUCCACCACUGGGUCCAGAAUGUGCUGUCUGAGUUUGUCAUGUCAGACAUUCGCACUGUGUAUGUGGCAGAGCCCCGGGUAUGGGCCGCCGGAUUUGGGGCUUCCCCGCUUGGAGGCGGUGGACGCGGGAGGAUCUGCUUGCGCUGCGCAGGGUGCUCGCUCGGUGCCGUUGUCCAGGCUGUCCUGGGGAAGCGUAGCCUCCAGGCUCGAGGGCUCCAUGAGCUGGCCGAGCUCCUCUCCACGUGCAGAGACAUCUCCUCCUCCACGACACUGGCACUCAGGGAGGAGCAGUACACCAACACCUCCUCAAGCUCCACAGAGGACGGAGCACAAGGCAGCCCCGCCCAGUGCCCCACCCCUCCCUGCUGGGAUCGUACAGCUGAAGCGCUCCUGCAGGUUCACGCCCACUUUGAGCAGAUCUGCGAGACAUACGGGCGCAGCAAGUCUACGGCUCCUCUCCUCCAGGGCCUCAACAAGCACUUGUUAGGAACGCUGACUUGUCUGCUGGCCCCUCUGCGACUGGCAGCACUCGAGCUCAGCAGUCAGAGAAGGCCGACCUUGCAGCAGGUGCUCCCUGUCUACCUUCGCCUGGAGAAGUUUUUCACAUCCAAGGCAGGAGAGGCUGGGACCGGCAUGGCUAGCAAACUCUGUCACUACUUCCUGGAGGCACUGAAGGAGAACUUCAAGGUCGAGCGAGCCCACCAGGUGGCAAUGGUCUUGGACCCUCAGCUCAAGCUCCGUUCUGUUCCGGCUUACCAACACGAGGACAUCAUCUCCCGAGCGUGUGAACUUGCUGCUGAAACCAGGGACGGGGGUUUAUCUGGCGCCGGUGGGUCGUGCAGCGAGGAACGGGACACUGACGGCCCACCAAUGCCUAAAAUAACCCGCGUGGAGGGCGCCGGCAACAAUGGCAGCACCUCCAUGGGGUCAGUGUCCACUAACGACGAGAGUCAAAGCCAAGUCCGACAGGAGAUCUUCCAGUACCUGGCAGAGCCUCUGCUCCAGGGCACCACCGAUCUCUUCCAGUACUGGAGUUCCACAGUGGGCGACAAGUUUCCCAGGCUGGCCCGCCUGGCGCUGUGGCUCCUGGCUGUGCCCGCCGUGGGCAUACGCAGCGAAUGCGUAACGGUGUGCGAGCAGAGCCUGGCUAUGAAGAGAAGGCAGCAGGUAACCGCAGAAGAGAUGAACAAACUCAUUUUCCUUCGCUCUAAUAUGGGCUAACCAACCAAACCUUGACCACCUCCCCCUUCAGCCAGGGACUUUUAUUUAUAUAGGCUUAGACCGACUGUAAACUUAUAUGUGUAUGACAGAUCAAAAAGACGUUUUUAGGUUGCAAGCACCUGUAACAACAAGGCUUAUCGCAUUCUGUAUUUCACACUGAGAUGUUAAGUAUAUUAGGCUCACAUUGGUAACUGUCAAAACAUUGUCAGCUAAAUGGGUCUAGCCUCAAAACUAAACCGCUUUAAAGGCUACAUGCUGUUACGGGAUGGCCGGCAAGGGCAGUAAACCUCAAGGUUGGUGGAGCAAAUACAGUAGCUUAUACAGUAGACGAUAAAAAGGUUUAGGAUUUUCAGAUUUGUGGAUAAUGGCAGCGAGAUCUGUUUUUAUUUCUUAGCAACUGCUACACCACUUGUUUUUUCCUUCAGAGGAACUAAAAACACACAUUACAAUCUUGUUAGACUGGAUUUACACUGCGGUUUUAAAUCUCCAAUUUUGAUUUUAUACUACAGUUGAACCUUGGGUUUCAUUUCUAAUCUAUUCCAAAAGCUCAGACGAAAAUUGAAAUGUACGAAACCACAUUUUUGCAUAAAAGGUAUUGGAAAUCCAGACACAAAACACAUUUUACUGUGAGUAAUUAUAGUUUUCCAUGCAGAAAACAAAACUAAAUACAUAUAAAUAUGGCCCCAUGUCUGAACGUUACCAAAAAUCAGUAUUGUGUAGUGUCAAUCCAGCCUUAAACAUCCAAUACAAGCUUCCUCUGUUUUUGCGCCACGCGGCCUCGUCCUGUUUUGUUUUGUUUUUUCCCCCCGUUAACUCGUCACGCUGCUACAUGUGCUAGCCACACACGCUUGGCUUGCACGGAACGGACACAACUGUAAUCUAGUUUUGCAGAUAUUUUUCACGUCGAAACAUGGCAUCGAGCGUAUUUAAUAUAUUUAAGCCACAAAACGGUUUUAGCUAGCUAAUAAUCGAGCGACAUACCUGCUGUCAAUUUUAACUCGACUUCACUUGUCAGUGUAUUUACCAACAAACAGCAGAAACAUUAACCGUCAACUUCAGCUACCGUAAAUCCUUAUGCUAGCCC